AUGGCAGACACCUUAAGGAGACUGACCAAUACAUCUUCCUUCAGCGUCUUACAGGACAAGCUUGAGAACUGGCACAGGGACUACCAUGUCAUUUCCUGUGACCAGAAUCUGAACAGAUGUUGUGAACUGAUUGAAUUAACCGCCAGGAUCCAGAGCCAGUUGUUUGCUAUCCUCAACCUCACAGCUGCUGAAGGUGGACACUACGCUGGAGUGGACACACUCAAAACGCGCCUGCUGCCAUGGCUUGGAUCCUGUUUCUCAAUGUCGAAGCCCUCAGUUACAGAUGACACCAGUCUACAGCUCAUACAGGAGUCGGUGGAAAAGGACAGGAGGAUCAGGGAGCUCUCUGUCUCCCAUGAGAAUGACAUGCAGAAGAUGGAGACUGAGCUGUGCUCCACUCGCUUGCAAUUGGACUCUGUCAGAGCAGAACUGGUUGAUGCUCAGAAGGAACUGGAUGUGACAAAGAGCAAAUCAGCAACCACUCUGCUGGCCACUGAAGAUGAAAUAUUACAGUUGAAAGCAGAUUUGCGAGCCGCGAAUGAGCAGGUGGAGAUUUAUAAGAGGAAGCUGGAUGCUCUCGAUGACUAUGAGCGUCAGAUUCGCUUGCUGAGAGAUGAGGUGUCCUACCUGAGCACAGAGAAGUCCAUGCUGCAGGAGAGGCUGGUGAGAAGUCGCUCACCGAGCCCCUUGCCCAGGCUCAGUCGCUCCUCCAGCCCCAUGAGGAGUGAGUCGCCCACCAGAGCCCAGCUCACUAACUCCUCCCGCCACGCACGCCUCGUGUCUCGCUUCAGUGACCUGUAUGCUGUGGAGCGUCUGGAGGCCCAGACCCUGCUUCGACGCUACAUUGCUGAUUUAGAGAUGGUCCAGAAAAUCAUCUUCAUUGCUGUUGUGGAAUCCUUUAAUACAGCAAAACUAGCCUACCGUCAGUUCAAGCUGCGCGUGAGAAAGACCUUGUCCUCGUCCCACUUUGGACCAGAAAGUCUAGAGGAUGCGGCUGUGGACUACAUUGUUAGAAAUCUGGACCUUUAUGAUGUACAGGAGAGCGUCAAUAGUGUGAUCAAUGCCAUGAAUGUGAACCCUCGGAUCUCCUUCCCACCGGAAGUGGACUUUGUCCUCAUCAGUUCCUUGAUCAGGGAGACAUGCAGGGUGGCCUUUGCCAUGCAGACUCUGGAUCCGCCGCUUGACUUGGCCUUUGCCAGUGAUGGAGAACUUUACAACGACAACAAGUAUCGUCGCAGCUAUGACUCAGAGUUCACUGCUCCUCUGGUGAUGUACCAUGUGUGGCCAGCCUUGGCGGAAGGAAAUGCUGUAAUAAUGAAGGGCGAGGCUGUGACGAGGAGAGGCGCUCUGUGGAGUAGAAGCCGGAGCCGGAGCAGGAGUGCCAGCCCGGUGCGCUCUCGCUCGCUCAGCCCAACUCGUCGUCUUGCAUUUAACAGCAAAAGAAGCCUGUCUCCUGAACGUCUCACAGCGAGCCGCCUGUGAACUCUGGCCUCUCUUUCAAUAGGACAAGAAUCUACACCUGUGCUUCAUGUCCGUAAAAUAAAGUCUGGCGUAUUUCUAAUUCUGAUUUCAUGUGUGGGGUCAUGCCUAGGUCUACCUCCACCAAACAAAGCAAUGAAAUCCUUCAAUACUGUACUGUACUGUCCAAAGACUACACAGAGUUUACAUCGUCAGAGGGCAGUUUCAUGGGACACUGACAGUAACAAUAGGUCAGUAUAUUAUAGAUGAAGCAAAAUAGCCUGGCAGCUAACUGAACAGUUGUCUUAGUUUACUAUAUUUAGUCUGUAAAUAAGUUUUUGAUAGAGACUAACAUUAUUUUAGUGAUAAUCAGAAACUUGAAGUACAGUUUUUCAGGAGAAAAGUAGACCUGCACAGUAGCACUUUCAUAGUCUGACAGCUAAUUAUAGAAACCAUAUUCAAAAUGUAGCCCUCACUUUACUUUUCACCGGAGGUCAACAUCUAAGUGGCAGGAUCCUUCAGGCGUGCUGCAGCUGCAGGUCCUACAGUAUGG